ACUUCCCAUGACUUCGACUAACUUAUAAGUAAUAGCCCACAUUAUAGCAAGCACCUUCUUUAUCAGAUUUCGUUUCAAACAGCUUCAUUGGAUAGGAGCUCUUGUACUUUUCCCAGAACUUCAAUACGCUUUCCCAUCCGCGUGAACAGGCCAGUGACCAGCUCCCGACUGCCUCUUAUAGCGUGUGAUGUAGGAAAAUGACACGCUCGAGCAGACCGGGAGUCAGCGGAUAACAGCCAAAGAAUUGCCUGUUUUCCAGUAAAGUACGUAAUCUGCCCCUGUUGACGAAUUCCAUAUUGCGAACAGGAAGUAUCCUGUCAAGGGUCUGAGCUUUUAGUUCGGAAGCUUUACGUGUUUGUGGGCGAAACCGCAUGUUUUGUUUGUCUACAGAAAGAAAUAUAGGAAAUAAGACAGUUCGACUUCAUCUAGUUUACCACACGACAACGCGCUGCCAAAUAAGGACGGGCACGAUGUAUUUAACAGCUCUACGGAGUCAGAUCGUUCUUAUGCUGCUUUGUCACGCACUUUGUUACGAACCAGCAGAGGAGGACUUCAGCUGUUUCAAUGACUAUGAAAGAGAAAUGAAAUGCAGUCUAUCUUCUAAAAUUCUCAUAAAUUGCUCUGAAUACAAGCUCAACACAACCCACACUGUAUUAGAUGAGUUAAAUAAAUAUACAUGUAUUUUUGAGAGAAGUCAUCACAAUCGUAGUGUUUGUGAAUGCAAGUUUGAAAUACCAGAGUUUGUUCCACUGGAGAUCUUCAGUACUACACUUCUGCAGGGAGUGGAUGUUUUGUUCACAAAAAAUUUUUCAACUCUGGAGUUCAUCAAACCUAAAACUCCAGCUAUCUUAUUGGUGCAGAAGACUCCAAUUGGAAACUUUAAAGUAACUUGGGACAACAAGUACAAGGAUAAAACUAGAUAUUUUGCACAAAGUUUGAGGAUAGAGCUGACCUAUGGCAUCAAAGGAGGAAAAGACACAAUGUCCAAAAUGGUGAUGGACAGUAAGGGAUUCUAUGAGAUUGUGGGUAGAAAUCUCCAGCCAAAUACUGACUACAUUCUGACAGCAAGAAUGAAAACAAACUAUAACAAUAAUGAGAUAUUUAGUGACAGAAGCACACCGUAUGAGUUCACUACUUCUCCGGCCCUAAGUGAAAUACUCAAAAUAGUCAUUCCUGGUGUAUGUGUUGUUUUGAUCAUUAUCAUAUUCAUUAUCUUUAUCUGCUUUUUUAGAAUCAAGAGGAUGUGGUGGGACAAGAUCGUCAAGCCAGAAAUAGAUCCAAACCUUGGAAAACAGAAGGGACACAUAUUGCCUCCUUCCAACAUUAAGUUCUCCCCAGUCGUUGUUGAGAUUCCAAAACUGGACCUCCAGGAUGAGAAGAAAUGGUUAGUAGUGUUUUCAGAAGAUGCAAACAAUGAACAAAGUUUCAAUAGUGUUGACUCAACUCAUAGUGUGGAUUAUGGUCAGGCGUGCUCCGGUAUCCAGGAACAGAAUAUGAGCAUACUUGCACGCACCAUGCUUGCCCUUCAAGAGCUGCCAUUGUUACCUACUAACACUGUAAUGCCAAGAAAAAGUCUUGAUAUCGGUUCCCAAAGAGAAAGCCAUAGUGCAAACAGAGAUUCAGGAAAUGGCUCAGGGUCAUUGUUUUUCAGAAACAACUCCUAUUUGGAAUCAUCAGUCCCAGAUGAUUCUUCAUUCAUUUAUCUCUCCUUUGAUCCUUCGUAUCAGUCUUACAAGAGGGAAGUUUCUAAUCCGGACCCAGUAGACUGCCUUAAGACCCAGCUUGAUUCUCCUGCUAUUUUGGAAGAUGGAUAUCAGGACAUAGGAAAUGUAAACCCUACAAACGAUAGCUCUGGUCUUAAUGAGAAGUUCAUCAUGAAAAAUCUUAUCACCUCUAAAAAUCCACUGUAUCCUUGUUUGACUCCCCACUAUGGUGGCAUCUCCCCAAGUGGUGAUGGAUACCAGGAUUUCCAAAGCUUAUCGAAAAACACAGGAGGACAGUGGAGCCCUACCACGUGUUCUGAAAUAGCACUUGGAGAGUGUGGUGCACUGAAAAUCCCUCAAACCGUUUUGGGUACUUACCAUACACCCACAUCAGUACAACAAAGUUCUUGGACAUCUUCUUUGCAUAUCUCACCCUGCAUUCAAAUAGACAGUUCCUAUCAUUCUGUUUAACUCUGAAGUCAAAACAGAUACAAGGUAAACGCUUGUAAAGUUGCAUUAAUUUUCUGUGUAAUCUCAACGGAUGUUACACUUGCAAUGAAUUUUGAUGAAUCAUUCAUUUGAAAAGCAUGACCUGUGAUAACUAAAUUAAGGGUUUCAAAAAGGGCUUCUCACAGCGAUGCCAUAGAAGAACCAUUUUUGGUUUUGAACAUUUUGUCACUACAAAAAAACAUUUUGUAUUAUAGAAAGGUCCCAUUGAUGGUAGAGGUUCUUAAUGGAACCAUACGUGCUAAUAAAUAACCUUUAUUUUGAAUAUAUGUUUAAAUCUUUGUUUUAGACUCCAAGCCCAAAACCUUAAAUACUGGCUUAAAUACUUCAAUCAUGAUGCCAGUGUUUGAAAUUUUAAAGUCACAUUUGAUAAGGCAGAUUUGAAAGGCAUUAUGAUGGUCAUAAUCGGUAUUAGAAAACAAAGUGAACAACCUGUAUUUUUCAAUUUUCUGCCCUUAAACAAUGAACAGAUAGAGACAGUUUGUACUGAUUAUACAAUAACUUUUUGUUUGGAUGACAUUGUUACUUCUUAUUUGUGGUAGAGGAUAUUGUUACUAUUUUUAACACCAAACUGUUUAUUCACUAAACCUCUUAACAAUACUACUAUUGCAACAACAACAACAAAAAAAAAAGUAUUUGCCUUUAUAUUUUCCUUGUGUAUAUAGUUUGUACUUUGACUCUUAACUAUUCUCAAUUGCAUGCUUGCUAUCUUUUGACCAUUCUAACAUAAGAAAAGUAAAGCACUUUGUUUUUUAAGGCACCUUUUAAAAAGAGUGAUAUAAAUGCAAAAUGUACUUCUUGUUCUAAUAUGAUUAUUUUCAAGUAAAACUCCAGAAAAGUGAAA